AUGAAGUUUGCUGUUCUUCCUUCCCCAUCAUCAUCCAACAAUAGUGAAAGAAUCGGAGAGAUUACUUUUGAAGAGUAUCCUGAUAAAAAGUUCUCUACACCAACUUAUAUUGUGCAAACAAGAAAGGGAUCCGUGCCUUGCAUUACUUGCGACCAUUUUGAUGAAUUAAUCGGAAAUUUGUUUGCUGGUUCGAAUGAAAGUGUUAUUUUGAAUAUGAAUUAUUGGGAUUUGAUGGAAAAUCCAAGUUUAGAAAUUUUGACCAAAUACUUGGAAAAGAACCCAACCAAGACAUUGAAAAAUUAUCUUCAUCUUGAAAAAUAUCCAUUCUUCCAAAGUAUUAGAAAUGUUGAAUUCCCUUACCCAACAAGUAAUGCAAAUGAAAAGGGAAUUUAUGCCGAUUUGGAAAAGGGUAGAUCUAAAUUCACUGAUGCAGAAUUUUGCAAUCACACAUUCAACAUGUUUAAACCAGAUAUAUUUAUUGGAAUUCACGAUACAAACAUCAAAUGUAAAGUUAAUGACUCUUUUGGAACAUCAAAACAAUUAAAAAGAGCCAAGACAAGCACUGAAAAGUGGGGAGAAACCUGCAUAAAGAAGAGACAAGAACUUGUUGAUAAGCAACAAACAGGCAUUCCAGAAAUGAUUUAUUCAGUUUUCUAUGAAAGUGAAGAAAUGACCUCACUCAUACCAGAAGUUUUCCAAAAUAACACUGACAAUAUCAAGGGUAUUAAUUUCGACAUUGGACACAUGGACGAUUUGGAGAAAAUUGUUAAAAUUAAGGAAUCAUUGAAGAAUCAAAAAUGUGAUUUGGAAAAAUUAGUAUUCUUCAUCUCUGGAAAGGAUCAUCCUUUGGAAGUUUUGGAAUGUGUCAGUAGAGGUGUUGAUAUUUUUGAUGGUAUUUAUCCAUUCACUAUUGCAGAAAUGGGAAUGGCUAGCAUGUAUCCAUUAGAAUUACCAAAUGAUAAUCCAGAAAAGGUGAAAAUGACUAUCAAUUUGAGAGAUCGUAAUUUUGAAAAAGAUUUCACACCUUUAGAAUCAACUUGUACAUGUUUUACCUGUAGAAAUCAUACUAGAGGCUAUAUUCACCAUCUCCUUAACACCCACGAAAUGCUUGGUGAUAUUCUCCUUACCAUGUAA